AUGGUACUUGAUAUACUCCGGAAGGUCGCAAAGAGUGUGCUUGAAGAUGCGUUCUUCACGAUCAUGGUGGAUGAAACUACAGACGUAUCCAAUCGAGAGCAAGUUGUGCUAGUACUGAGACAUGUAGACAGUGAGCUAAAUGUGCAGGAAGAUUUCAUCGGACUGUAUGUUGUUCCAUCCAUCGAUGCUCAAACCAUCGCCAAUGUAAUUAAGGACACUAUACUACGCCUGAGACGGCAACUAUCCAAGUGCCGUGGGCAGUGCUACGGCGGAGCCAGUAAUAUGUCAGGUGCAAAGCGUGGGGUCGCCGCAAACAUCACCACAGAAGAACCAAGGGCCAUCUAUACACACUGCUAUGGACAUGCUCUCAACUUGGACGUUGGUGAUACAAUACGAGGCAGUAAAGUUUUACGGGACACACUGGACGCAGUACGUGAGAUUUCUAAGCUUGUGAAGUUCUCACCCAAACGUGACAGGCGGUUUGAAGAACUGAGAAAGGAGAUGAGACCCGACACACCUGCAUUUAGAGUGUUGUGCCCGACUAGAUGGACUGUUAGGGCAGAGUGUUUGAAAAGUGUCUUAGACAAUUAUUCCGUUCUCCAGAAAUUGUGGGAUACCACCUAUGAGACCACAAAAGACACUGAGACCAGAGCGCGCAUUCUUGGUGUGAAGCGUCAGAUGGCCUCAUUUGACUUUCUUUAUGGUGUGACACUUAGGUAUAAAUUGUAA